CAUUAAAGAAAAAGUAUGAUCAGAAAAGAUAAAUACCUGUAUUUAAUCUUCAAGCAGAGAUGGUACAAAUGGAUUGGCAACGUCAUUUUGAACAGGCGCUUCGGAGACAGCUACCAGCAGCCAGGGGUCCUUCCUUCAUCAACAACACCUGAACGUGGACAAGAGGUCAGAGGUCAGGAUGGGUCGCUCCUCCAAAGACAAGCGUGACAUUUACUACCGUCUGGCCAAAGAGGAGGGCUGGAGAGCGAGGAGCGCCUUCAAGCUGCUGCAGCUCGACCACGAGUUCAACCUGUUCACAGGUGUAAACAGAGCAGUGGAUCUGUGUGCAGCUCCUGGCAGCUGGAGUCAAGUCCUCAGUCGGAAACUCAGAGGGCAGGAGGAGAAGGGUGAGGGGGGUGAGGAGGUGAAGAUCGUGGCGGUGGACCUGCAGGCCAUGGCUCCUUUGCCAGGAGUCACUCAGAUCCAGGGAGACAUCACCAAGGUGUCGACAGCUCAGGAGAUCAUCCGUCACUUUGAGGGUCAGCCGGCCGACCUGGUGGUGUGUGACGGAGCUCCAGACGUAACCGGGCUCCAUGACGUGGACGAGUACAUCCAGGCUCAGCUCCUGUUGGCCGCUCUGAACAUCACAACUCACGUCCUGAAACCUGGAGGGACGUUUGUGGCCAAGAUCUUCAGAGGUAAAGACGUGACUCUGCUGUACUCUCAGCUCAAGAUCUUCUUCAGUGGUGUGACCUGCGCCAAGCCUCGCAGCAGCAGGAACUCCAGCAUUGAGGCCUUCGUGGUGUGUCAGAAUUACUCUCCUCCUCAAGGUUACGUCCCCAACAUGUCCAACCCGCUGCUGGAUCAUUCCUACGAUGUGGACUUCAACCAGUUAGAGGGUCCGAACCGUGUCAUCGUUCCCUUCCUGGCGUGCGGUGACCUCAGCGCCUUCGACUCAGACAGGACCUACCCUCUGCAGCUGGAUGAUAGUAAACAGUACCAGUACACGCCCCCCACCCAGCCGCCCAUACGCCCCCCCUACCAGCAGGCCUGCCACCUCCGCAAAAACAACCUGCUCUCCAGAGAAGACGCCCAGUCCAACCAUCCCAACCAGAGUCCAGACGAGACGGAUCCACCGGCCGAGUCCACGUGAUUCAUCUGACAGCUGCUGACUGGUGGAAAAAAACAAAACAGAGUUAUCAUGAAAGAAACAGUCUGGCAUUCUGGGAAAAGUCUGUCUGAUAACUAGAUGGAAAUCAGUUUUAUUUCUGUGCAUCCAGAACAGAGAGAAGACCAGAGUAUGUUUAGCUUAGCUUAGCACAAAGACUGGAAGCAGGGGGAAACUGCUAGCCUUUUCCUGCUUCCAGUCUUUGUGCUAAGCUAAGCUAAACACGCUGUACUGGAUGUUUUUCCGAUCGGAGGAGUAUGUUUUUACUGUUUUUUCUGAUUUUAUGUGGAGUAUCUUGUGACAGAUCCUUCAUCCAUUAGGCUUGAGGAAUUGUAAACAUUUUAUAUUUUAAAAAUUAAAGUCAUUUCUUGGAGGCAAACAA